AAGGUUGCUUACAUGACCAGCGAGUAUCGAAUCCUCGACGACCGAUCGUGCAUGAGGAUUGGAAGGAACAUUUAGCUUGUUCGCCGCUUUAGGGGCUUAUGCAUACGAUUCUAACUAUCCGGACAAUACUGGGUACAUAUCUUGGUCGCGACGGAUGGUGGAUCUUCAUCGCCAUCAGAAAGUGCUCGGCUGGGUGGAAAUGGCAGACCCGGGAGCGUAGACCACAACGGGAAGGUGUUCAGGUGAGACUGCUGCUAUGUCCUUUUGUUGCUUCCGAUGGAUGUGGCUGUGCGAGAAGUAAGUUAAUCCUGGGGAACUAUGAUUGCAAAGCAGAAGAUUCUAUGCAUAUCGAAGGAGCCGGUAGUGGUUCUUUCCGUCCAAUUUCACAACACGAUACGGAGUAUCUCAAAUCGAUUCCUAGUCAAACAAACACCACCACUGUCUGAGAUAUGAGACUUCGACGUCGGCUCAAUACUUCUGCAGUUGGACUCUGUGGCAUCUAUGGAACUCAAGACGAGAUUUACUGCAACAGCCUGUUGGUUCCUAUGAUUUUUAGUCUGGCUCUAGGACGUAUGUAC